UGGAAACAAGGAAGUGCAAAGUACAACUAAACAAAUGGACUUCAACUGUCAGCCUCGAUGACACCCGGCCUGUAAAAUCAAUCUGCAAGGAAAAAGGCAUAAAAGAAGAAAGUCAGGGAGCAAACGAAAGAUUAAAUCAAUUCAGAAAGCCAUUAGAGAGAAGAAGCGCCACAAAAAGGAAGGAAGGAGUUGGUAACAGUGCAUGAGAGAGUGAGAGAGGGAGGGACAUAUGACAGGCUUAUAUACACUGUCAGGACAACCUGCUCUUCAAAGCACCUAAAACUGUUUACAUUUCGAGAGCGAGGAGAAGCAAAGAGGGCAGAGGAACAUUUGAAAAAGGAAGAUGGUUCGGUGGUUCCACAGAGAUCUGUCUGGAAUAGACGCAGAGUCCGUUUUGAAGACACGAGGUGUCCAUGGCAGCUUCCUGGCUCGACCCAGCAAGAAGAAUGUGGGCGAUUUCUCCUUGUCCGUUAGAGUGGGAGAGCUAGUCACACACAUUAGGAUUCAGAACACGGGUGAUUACUAUGACCUGUACGGCGGGGAGAAGUUUGCCACGUUGGCCGAGUUGGUGGAAUACUACACCGGAGAUCAUGGAACCCUACAGGAUAAAGAUGGGACCAUUAUUGAGCUCAGAUACCCUUUAAACUGUUCUGAUCCCACCACUGAGAGGUGGUACCAUGGCCACUUAUCGGGUCCAAACGCUGAGAAGCUGCUCAGAGAGCGAAAUGAGCCCGGGACAUUCCUGGUGAGGGAGUCGCUCUCCAAACCAGGAGACUUUGUUCUGUCUGUGCUGACCGAUGAUAUGACCAGUUCUGGUAGGAGGGUCUCCCAUAUCAAGAUCAUGUGCAAUAAUGACCGUUACACAGUAGGUGGUAAAGAGGUUUUUGACUCUUUGGCAGACCUUUUGGAGCAUUUCAAACGCAGUGGUAUUGAGGAAUUGUCAGGGACAAUGGUUUACCUCAAACAGCCUUAUUACUCCACGAGGUUGAACGCGGCUGAUAUUGAGAGCAGAGUACAGCAGCUCGACCAGACCUCAGGCAACAUGGACGGGGCCAAUAAAAAGAUUAAAGCUGGCUUCUGGGAAGAGUUUGAUGCGCUGCAGAAGUUGGAAACUAAGGUAACGAAGAGCAGAGAUGAAGGAAUGAGACCAGAAAACAAAAGCAAAAACAGAUACAAGAACAUCCUUCCCUUUGAUGAUACUAGGGUUAUCCUGGAAAACGCAGAUCCCAAUGUUGUCGGCUCUGAUUACAUCAAUGCCAACUACGUUGUAGUACGUGCACGACAUAAAUCACAACAUAAUCAUAAAUCUCUCAAAUUCUUUUUGUUAAAUCAUCUCUUUUCUCUCCUUCUCUCUCUUUCUAUAUGUCUGUGUUCACAGAAUAAAUUAAUGGAUAUUAAUUACCAGAAAGUUUACAUUGCUUGUCAAGGCUGCCUCGCAACAACUGUAAAUGAUUUCUGGCAAAUGGUAUGGCAAGAAAAGUCACGAGUAAUUGUCAUGACAACAAGGGAGGUUGAGAAAGGACGGAAUAAGUGUGUGCCAUACUGGCCUGCUACUGAAGGAGAUUCAAAGGAAGUAGGCAGAUAUGUGGUGACGUUACUGUCUGAGAAGGAUGCUGCUGAUUACAAGGUCAGAGUGAUGGAGCUCACAGCUCCACACCGGAAAGAGCCAGCUCGCACCAUUUGGCACUACCAAUAUUUGAGCUGGCCGGAUCAUGGCGUUCCACAAGAGCCUGGUGGAGUGCUUAGCUUUCUGGAGCAAGUCAACAUCAAACAGCACGAACUGUCUUCAACUGGACCUGCGAUCGUCCACUGCAGUGCUGGUAUUGGGCGAACGGGAACCAUUGUGGUAAUCGACAUGCUUAUAGAUAACAUUGAUGCUAAAGGUCUGGACUGUGACAUUGACAUCCAGAAGUGUAUUCAGAUGGUUAGAGAACAGCGGUCUGGCAUGGUGCAAACGGAAGCACAGUACAAGUUCAUCUACUUGGCUGUGCUACAGUAUAUAGAGUCGACGAAGGUCACACGAAGAGCUGUCAUGGAAACAGAAACUGAAUAUGGAAACCUCUCAAUUCAGUCCAAACACCAGAAGGCCAGUCGCAAAGCCUCUGCAAAAAAAAAUGAAGACGUUUAUGAGAAUCUAGGAGCAAAAGGAAAGAAAGAUGUCAAAAAGCAGCGAUCGGAGGAUAAAAAGAGUGGAUCUGUCAGGAAACGAUAAAAAUAGAAAAAAAGAAAGACGAUGAAAUUGAAUUUUGCUUCAUGAUUGUACAGCUAAUUUUUAAAUGAUUUUUCAGUGGUUUUAAAGAGAACUGAGCCAGGGUUUUACAGAGAUGCCAAACUAUUUGACCUUAUCAAACAGAUCUUGCUGUGUUUUUGUCCAUGUUUACUAGUUAAUAUUUUUUGUAUAUUUAGUAAACAUUUGUUAAGUAAAUUCACUAAGUUGUAAUUAAUAUAAAUCAUCGACUCGUUCUCAGUUUUAAUAAAAGUCAUGCCCAAAGACCUGGCCAUUAUGAUUAUCUGCUGUAAUAAAAUGAAGAAAUGAAA